AUUAUGCUAAAAAAUAUUUUGCAAUGUUUUGCGUUAACCAACACUAACUGAGUUUACCGCUGCCAGACGGUCUGCAAGUCUGUUUAUUGUCGUGUGUUUUUAGAACAAUUUUCUAUUAAAAUGGUAUUAAUAAUGCCUAUCAGCCCGCCUGAGCACGGUCUCUUAUAUACCGCCAAUAAUAUUAAGCUUAAGCUUGGAGAUAAGGUAGUAGGACAGGGUACAAUAUAUAUUUCACAAAACACGCUGUCUUGGCAGCCGGCAGAUCUUGCUGAAGGGAUCUCGAUCGAAUGGAAACAAGUUAGCCUGCAUGGCAUUUCGUCGAAUCCUAGAAAAUGUAUUUAUUUUAUGCUCGACCGAAAAGUGGAGUGGGAAGGCGUUUAUAUGGGCCGAAGUCCCGAAGUCAACGGCCAGAAUGGCGCUGGGGAUGAGCCUCAUCGAAAUGCUGUUGCCAAUAACGAAGAUGACGAGGGCAACGGCAGUGAUGAACAUGACCAAGACGACGAAGACGAUGACAACUUUGAGGAUGCCGUCGAUCAGCAACUGGAUGAAGUAACCGAGUGCUGGCUAUUGCCCGAUGAUAUACACACUGUGGAUACCAUGUACAAUGCGAUGACUACUUGCCAGGCAUUGCACCCAGAUUCGGCAGACAGCAACUCGGAAGAUAGCGAUCCAAUGGAGGAUGCUGGCGGUGUUGGCAUGGCCUUUGAUGACCAGGAGAUGGUGGACGAUGCGCUUACGCUUGGUCGAAACGGCGGCGAAGUUGGUGGCAUGCAGAAUCUUAGCCUUGACGAUGAUGACGAUCGCUUCGAGGAUGCGGAUGAAUAAGGCUGCUAAAAAG